UCUCUCAGUCUUCCUAUAUUGUUUUGUCCUUCACAUCAAACCCAUUAUCAAGGAAGACGAAUACAGACACACUCCGGGUGUUCUGUAUUUAUCACUGUCAUGGAUGACCUCUGUCAAAGUUCAAUUUUUGCUCUGGUUAUCUGAAGCUAUGGGGGCUUUUUGUUCGAGGCGAGGCAAUGAUGACAAAGUGCUUGCCCAGACGGUUGACCAUUUUGAUGAUAAUAAAUCUAAUAAGGAUGGCCAACCUAACAUGCCUAGCAAGCUCAAAACCUCACCUCAGAAAGUGGAUAACUUGCAAGAACCUGCUGAAAAUAGAGGGAUUAGUGCAGAUGCAAGUCCGGAUGAAUUCUAUGAUGGAAUCCCACGAUUUGCUGAUUCUUUUCUGCUCAAGUCUUUGUCAGUAAGGUCAAGGCAAAAGGUCUCAGAAGUGAGCUCACGUCUAGGGAGGGCUGGUACAGUUGGAUUUGGGAAGGCAGUGGAGGUCUUGGACAAUCUUGGUAGCAGCAUGACAAGUUUAAAUGCUGGCAGUGGAUUUGUUUCUGGAGCUUCAACAAAAGGGAAUGAAAUUGGUAUCUUGGCAUUUGAGGUUGCAAACACUGUCGUCAAAGGCUUUAAUCUUAUGCAAUCACUUUCUGAUAAAAACAUAAAACUUUUGAAAGAAGAGUUGUUUCUUUCCAAGGCUGUGAAAGAUUUAGUGUCAAAGGACGUGGAUGAGCUUCUUCAAAUUGUUGCGGCAGACAAGAGGGAGGAGUUGAAAAUUUUUUCUGAUGAGGUGGUUCGUUUUGGAAAUCGUUCAAAGGAUCCUCAGUGGCACAACAUGGACCGUUACUUUGAGAAAAUUGGCAAAGAACAUAAUUCCCAAAGACAAUCCAAUGAUGGGGCAGAAUUGAUAAUGCAGCAAUUGAUGACUUCGGUUCAAUUUACCGCUGAAUUAUACCAUGGGCUACACGCUUUGGAUAGAUCUGAGCAAGAUGGUCUGCGUAAACGUCUAGAGGAGCAAAAAUCAGGCGCAAGUCAAAGAGUUGAUAAGCACACAAUCUCGGGGGCAGGACUUAAAAGUCGAAAGAAGCAAGUUAAGCAUUUGAAGAAAAAGUCACUUUGGUCAUGCAGUUUGGAGGAGAUAAUGAAGAAGCUUGUAGAUAUUGCCCUUGUUUUGCGUUUGGAGAUAAACAAUGCCUUUGGCACUGCAGAUCGUCAAAAACCAGCAAUUGUAUAUGUAAACAAUCGCCAAAGAUUAGGCCCUUCUGGCCUUGCUUUACAUUAUGCAAACAUAGUGCUCCAAAUUGAUACUCUUGUUGCCAAAUCUAGUUCGAUGCCUGAAAACACAAGGGAGGGAUUAUACCAGAGCUUGCCACCUAACAUAAAAUUAGUUCUGCGUUCCAAAUUACCAUAUGUUCAUGUUGCAGAAGACCUCACUGUAGAAGAUAUCAAAGAGGAGAUCCAGAAAACAUUACACUGGCUGGUUCCAAUUGCCACAAACACAGCCAAAGCGCAUCAUGGUUUUGGCUGGGUUGGGGAGUGGGCUAGCACUGGCUCUGAGGAAAAUUUGAAGACCUCACGGACCAAUGCAAUGAGGAUUGAGACAUUCCAUCAUGCAGAUAAGGACAAAGUGGAAAAAUAUGUUCUUGCACUUCUCUUAGGACUUCAACGCUUGGCCAUUAAAAGUGGAGCCGCCAUUGAUGUUGUUGGAGUGAGGUCUGCAAUGAAGUCUUCUCAUCUGGCUCCCCCACGAAAACCACAUCAGCCAGCAACAACUGAUCACCCGCCGUUACUGACAAUCAGUGAGCAAAACAUGCUGCAACUUGUAAGCAAGAAAGUGUGGAUUAAAGGGUUGAGUAAAAGCUGGCAUUUUGAUAGGAUGGAAGCUAGGUUGAGAGAGAAUAGCAGACUCACCAAAAGUUGGAGUCUUUCUUCAAGCAGAAGCAAAGAUAUUUCCUUCAACAGGAUUUCAUCUAAGCUUCCUGUGAUUGAUUUUGGUGUUGACAGAGAGAGAGCAUUGGAUGUUAUAGACAGAGUAGAGAUAGUGAGGUAAAUAUUUCUCAGGUAUUCAUGACUUCCAUUGAAACAUUGGAAGGAUAAUACAAGGAGGCACAAGUGGGGCGGCUUCUCUUCCUUAAUUAUACCAUUUUGAUGCUGCAGGUAUUUUUGAGAGCCAAGCCAAAAUGGCCAUAUUCACCGGACGUGAUUGCUAAAUAAAAUGAAAGAUUUAGCCUUGUGCCAGAUAAGGAAUAGAUGCAUGAGCAUAUCAACCUAA